UGUUUCGAUUAGGCGUACGGUACGUGCUCGGAUAGAAACUGAAGGUCAACAAAAACAUCUACUAUAAUGGCUGACGAGGCAACUAAAGAGGCACCAUCAAUGGCAGAAAGGGUAAAGAAUACGCUUGCCUGGACAGGAAUUCCGGUGGCCAUGCCUGGUUAUGUGAAACAGCAUAUAGAUGCAGGGAAGCCUUAUAAGGCUGUCUUAAAGGAAACUAAAAGCCCUAUGCUCAAAAAGUGUGAGCCGAAUGUCGAAUCACUCUAUGAAGCGGAUGAUCCUAUCAACACCUACGACGCCGGCUGGGCAAAGGGGGCGGCUCCGUUUGACUCUCGCUUCCCUCACCAGAACCAGUUGCCCAAUUGCGAGCGCAACUACAUUGACUACCAACGCUGCAUCAGGCUGAAAGGAGAGGACUAUCCUAACUGCAACUACUUCAAGGCUAGCUAUCUGCAGCUCUGCCCUAAGAAAUAUGUUUCUGAAUGGGAUGAGCAGGUCGAGGCAGGCUCUUACAAAUACCUCCCUGACAACAUUCCUGAGCACUAAAGGCUGUUCCUCUAGUCUCCCGCGUGUUGGCAAACAAAACAGGACUCAUUUUGAAAAAAAAUAACCUUAGAAGAUUGUGUGAUUGUGUGAAUUUAUGAAAUGCUAUUAACUAUUUAAUGGUUGUUUAUAUCUUAGUAAACAAAAGGAAAGAAAAAGAAAACAAUUAGUGAUAUUUUCAUGAAAUGUAGUCUAUCGUUCAGCUGGGACCUAAUGUUUUACUGAAUAAAUAUGUUUAAAAGUU